AAUCCUUGUCAUUGAAAAAGGACCGGUGUUGUCCUCGAGCUUCUCUUCUCCACAUAAACCCUAAACCCCUAAUUUUGUUUGUUAGACAACAUAAACCGCUAAUUUGAUUCACCAUUCCUCGACCUUCUUCCUUGUUGCUGCACAUUUGCUCUUGAUUACGAAAAUGCCGAGACCAUUCGCAGUAAAAGCCGGUAAGAAAAGGAAGAAGAGAGAAGAAAAUUAUGAUAAAGAAGAGGAAGUAGAAAUGGUAAACGAGGAUAUUCCAGCUGUUGAUGAAGUUGAUGAAGAUGAUAUGCCGGGGAUUCCGAUUACUGUUUCGGAUAAGAAAAGCAGUUCUGGGGCGGUUUUCAUCCUCGAAAGGGCUUCCCUUGAAGUUGCCAAAGUUGGGAAGGCCUACCAAAUUUUGAACUCUGAGGACCAUGCUAAUUUCCUGAAGAAGCACAAUAAGAACCCUGCUGAAUACAGACCAGACAUUGUUCAUCAGGCUCUUUUGAUGAUUCUGGAUAGCCCCCUGAAUAAGGCUGGGAGGAUUCGCUCUGUGUAUGUAAAAACUGAGAAAGGUGUACUUUUUGAGGUUAAACCUCAUGUUCGUAUUCCAAGAACAUAUAAGCGUUUUGCUGGCAUCAUGUUGCAACUGUUACAGAAACUGAGCAUAUCCGCAGCUGGCAAGCGAGAUAAACUUUUCCGUGUGAUUAAGAAUCCUGUCACUCAAUAUCUACCUCUUAAUUCUCGUAAGAUAGGAUUUUCAUUCAGCUCAGAAAAGUUGGUUAACAUCCAGAAAUAUGUGGAUGAUGUUAAAGAAGAAGAAAAUUUUGUCUUCGUGGUUGGUGCUAUGGCUCAUGGAAAGGUUGACGAUGAGUAUGUUGAAGACUACAUAUCAAUCUCUGGUUAUCCGAUGAGUGCGGCAUGGUGUAUAGCAAGAAUUUGCGAAGGCCUCCAACGUAAAUGGAGUAUCAAUUGAAUUUCUUUCCUGGAGUUGAUAAUAACUGACCGAUGCUCAUGGCGGGAGGCAGUGUGAACUGAAGCAUCAACACGAAGUGAUACAAAGGAUCUGGUGGGAGGAACCCUAAACUAUCAGCAGCUUUUACUACUCCGAUUCCGAUCACCGGGAGCAGCAAGUAUUUGACAAAUAAGAUCCCCAAUAUUACAGUUGGCUUUACUUUUGCUGAUCUUAAUCCUGUUCAGAGUUUCAGACCAAGUAUUUACUCAGAUAUUGUUUGUUAUCCUGUUCAAAACCAAAUAUUUAUACUGAUCAGUUAGUUAGUUACCUUGAAUUAGGUUUCCGCCUAGUAUAAGGGUGAUACAAGGUAUUGUUCCAUCCCUGUAAAAUAGUUCACAGGGUAAUGAUAAAGUUUAGUAGUAGUAUUUACUUUUUUUUUA